CAUGCAGCCAAGAUGUUGAGAAAUAGGACUAAUACUUUGUACAGAAUAGAUGAAUUAACAAUGUAAAAGCGAAAAGUAAAAGGGGAGAUAGCUAGCUCUUUAAUUUUUCAUCCAACUUUUUAGAAAGAAUCUUUUCGUAUCUUGUCUGCUACUUUUAAUUUUAAAUCGUCAUCCAUAUCAUAAUCCUCUAAAUGCUAAGCACUCUAUAUAUAACGUAAUUUAUCAUUAGUCGAACUCAACUUAAGGUGACACAUACUGUAUCAUAUAACACAAUUAAGCUAAGGACUAUUGCUGUGUUGAAUAUUCGAAUUUGGAGAUGGCGGACAUGCAGAUAGUUCUGGCAGGCAAAAAUAACGUAGAACCUCAGUAUGUGGAAAUGAUGGUGCCACUCUACUCUUAUGGUUGUGAGAGAAAAAUCAACAAGGCUCUUUCCCAUAUCAAAGGGAUAUAUUCAGUGAACGUAGAUUUUGAACAACAGAAGGUGACAGUAUGGGGAAUAUGCAACAAGUAUGAUGUGCUGGCCACAGUUAGGAGCAAAAGAAAAGCAGCUCGUUUUUGGAAUCCAGAAGACAACAACAUAGAAGAAUCAGAAACAGAUUCAUCAUCAAGCCCACCACCAGCUUCUGGUUAUCGAAUUAGGUCCACUGCACCACCUUUGGCACUCAUAAGGGCUAGAUCACUAAGCUGGAAAGCUUUGAAAAAGGCCUUCACUAGAACAUAUUCAUUCUAAUUAAAACAUAAGGUCCAAUUUUAUCCCCCCCUAUGGACCCUUCUUUCCUACCCACAUGAAGAAAUAUGAGCAUGGAUGUAACUAUAUGUAUUGUAUUUGUAUAUAGUUAAGUUUUCCCAUCUUUAAUUUUGCAGUGGUUCCUACCUAAGCUUUUCUGAGGGACGAAGAAUCCGUUUAUGUUUGAUUAUGGUCUUCGAUUGUUAUAGAAUUUUAACAUAAAAACUUCAGUGCUAUUUUUACCU